AUGUUGCUUACCUGGCUUGCUUUGAUCGCUUCUGUAGCCGCUCAGGCUGUCCAGCUUACCGAUUUGCCCAAUUGUUCCAUCCAAAUAUCGUUUCAAGGCAAGAUUUGGGGCGCGCAAUUUUCCAUGCAGUGGGAUCCCAAGACUGGCGCCCUUCUCGCCACGCCUUACAACUCAUUCAUAGACGACCCGGCUGCUUGCUGCGAGAACAUUGUCAAUAUCGGCACAGAGUUCUUGGACGUCACUUACGAGAACGAUCGCGUACUUCUCGGAGGCCAAUUCGACGGUCAGCCGAUGAUGGUACAAAUUUCCUUGUUCAAGCAUCACGGAGAUACUCUGCCGCGCGUGUUCUAUAUUUUCAAGCUCUCGUAUGCUGGCAAUGCGUACAUAGAUAACACCCAAUACACGACGGGCAUGGCCUGUGCUCCUGCUGGCACAAACUCGGGCGUCCAUGGUGUCGGUAUCUGGCAGCCCAAGGACUUUGGUUGCACCUGGCAGAUGGAUCCGACUGUGGACACCGAUACCAACACUCACCGCGCAACACCACAAAGCAUGCACAGCGGUUUCGUACUGACUUUGCUGGCCAUGCUAGGCUUCAGCACCAUCUGGGCAGUCCAGCUCACUGACCUGCCAAAUUGCUCGAUCCAAACUUCCUUCCAGGGCAAGCUUUGGGCCGCACAGUUCUCUAUCCAAUGGGGCUCGAAUGGUAAACUUGUUGCCACGCCAUACAACUCUUUUCUGGACGUACCCGCACUUUGCUGCGCUUCCUAUCGCGAUCAGGCUGCCGAGUUCCUCGGUGUUGACUACGAGGACGACCGUGUCGUUUUCCACGGCCAAUUCGAGGGUCAGCUGCUCGUCAUCCAGAUCGCAAUGCUCAAACAUCCCGGCUCAACCCUGCCGGCCGUGUUCUACAUCUUCCGCAUGUCGUACGGCUCAGAUGAAUACUUUGCACAGAGUGACUACUCGACCGGCAUGGCUUGCGCUCCAGCUGGCGUAAAUUCUGGAGUACGCGGCGUGGGCGUCCGGCAGCCAAAGGAUUAUGGCUGCAAUUGGAUCAACAAUCCCGUUUACGGUUGCCCAACAAUACAACCACGUCUCGCAAACAAGAUGCAGAUCGUGCGCCUACUAGCUUCGCUGGCUGUGCUCGCUCGCAGCUCCGUCUGGGCCCUCGAGCUCAAGGAUCUGCCAAACUGCUCAAUCAAAGUCUCGUUCGAAGGCAAGUCGUGGGGUGCGCAAUUUUCGAUGCAAUGGGACACAACGGGAAACCUCGUCAACACGCCGUACAACUCGUUCUUGGAUCUGCCAGGCGAGUGCUGUACCUCCGUCCGCAGCAACACCAUGCGAUUCCUAGGCGUUCACUACGAGGAGGAUCGCGUCAUCUUCCAUGGUCAAUUUGAGGGUCAGGUGCUCAUCAUUGAUAUGGCAAUGCUCAAGCACCCCGGAUCUACCUUGCCUGCCGUGUUCUAUAUCUACCGCCUGUCUUACGGCCCAGAUGUUUACAUUGCCCAUACAGACUACUCAACCGGCAUGUCGUGUGCUCCGGCUGGCCAGGACUCUGGCCUGCACGGCGUUGACAUGCAUCAAGGUGCACUUGCCAACAUCUUGUCACCUUCGGCCGCGCUGAGCCUCAGACGCGAUAAUGCCGUGAUGACAUGCCGCCCUGCCGGCCGUUCACAUGCUUCGCAUCCCUACGAUACUUCAUUCCAAAGUUAUGAGGCUCAGCACUAUCUCAAGGAACUUCGCAAGGCUGCUAUUGAGCGGCUUUGUCGAAGCACUGUCAAAGCCGUGCAGCUCACCGAUUUGCCUAAUUGUUCGAUCCAAAUAGCCUACAAAGGCAUGACGUUUGGCGCCCAAUUCUCGAUGCAAUGGAAUCCUGCGAACGGCGAUCUUCUGACCACGCCGUACAAUUCAUUCCUCGACCAGCCCGGCAUGUGCUGUCAUUCUGUUCACAAUGAGCCCAAUCGCUUCUUGGGCACCGUUUAUCAAGUGGAUCACGUCCUUCUCCGUGGCCAGUUCCAGGGAAAGCCCCUCAUGGCCAACAUCGCAAUGGCCAAAACCCCUGGCAGCACUUUGCCCAGCAUGUAUUACCUCUACCAGUUCUCGUACGCAGGAGAGAGCUACAUCAGCAAUACGGAAUACACAACGGGAAUGGCCUGCGCUCCUGCUGGCGUAAGUUCUGGCGUGCAUGGCGUAGGUGUCUGGCAGCCGAAAGACUAUCAUUGCCAAUGGAGCGAUGACCCAAUGAUCGAAUGCGCUAAUGGUCCUUCUGAAGAUCACGAUGGACCGGAAUAG